CGGGCCGGUUGCCAUGGUAACCCUGUAUCCCGCCGCUGGCCGCGCGCGCCGCAGUGAGGAGAGCGGAGGGAGACGGUGAGUCACCGACACCGAGAGUGGCGACCGACGGACCGGAGACAGACACCCGGUUAGCCCCGUUAGCCUGUUAGCAUCCCCGAUGCUACAGAGGGGGGGACCGCGGAUGAGGGACCGAUGACGGCAACAGCCGCAGUGUCGCUUCGACCUGAGACGACGGAAACAGCAAUCAGAGCAUCAGUGUUCAAGGUCCGCAUUGUUGCUUCAACCUGAGAGACAACAGCAACCUCAUCAAGGUGCAGCAACCUCAUCAAGGUGCAGCAACCAGACUGUUGCUGCUGCAGUGUUGCUUCAACAGACAUCCAGCAACUACACCUGCAGCAACUUGUAUCCUCCUACAACUGUUGAUUUUAUUGACCACCAUGUUGCUUCCUCCGAGAGACAAAAGAGCAACCCGAGCAAUUAUAUAAACAGCAACCAGCAGCCAGCGUCACUGUGUUGCUUCAGUGUGAGAGGAUUGAAUCUGCAACUGCAACUCAACCGACUCUGCCCGACUCUUCCAGCAGGUCUUCAGACUGGACAGAUGGACGUCCUCUCAGAGCGUCAGACUGAUCAGCUGAACUGGAAUCAGUCAGGUGACGGCCUCUGGGGAGGAGGAGGGGAGGUGGUGCUGAGUCCAAACAGUCUCACUGGUAAAAUAAUACAAGGAGGAGGCGUGAACCCGUCUCACCGCUCCUCCGACUGUCUCGUCAUCACCAUCAUGGAGCUCCCAGAGGAGUCUCCGUCCUCGGACUCACUGAGCAUGCUCAAUGUGGUGGGUCUGUACCGCCCCCCCAGCCUGGACUCCCUGCCCUGCAACCUGCCGGCUCAGAAGUGUCGCGCCUGGACGUCCCGCAGCUUCCCGCGCUGCCUGCUGGGGGCGCUCUGCCUGGUGUACUUCAGCUCACUGCCUCUGGGGAUCUACCUGCUGAUGAUUGGUCAGCUGUGGCUGGGCGUGGUCCUGGUCAGUCUGGUCCCCUCCACGCUGCUGCUGCUCGUCCUCUACGGCUUCUGUCAGUGUCUGUGCCACGAGCUGAUGGAGGUGCUCGCUGCACGCUCGCACACGCUGCCAUGACGACGACACAACACACGCUGCUUACACCAUACACUGCCAUGACAACAAGACCAUGCAUGCUGCCAUCACAACGACACACUGUAGACUGCUCUGACGACAACAGACGUUGCCAUGAAAACGACAAAACCAGCUGCCAUAAUGACAACAACGACACGACACGUGCUGCUAUGACAACGACAGAUGAUGCAACAUGUUGACGGGCAAAACGCUUUCAUGAUUUUAAGACAAAUAGGCUGGAACAAACACAGUCUGUAUAAAAAUAUGGACGACACCACGGCUACUCAAAAGUGAAGCCAAAACAUUUGGAGCUCCCCCCGCUGACAGGCUGCAGUAUAGGUCAUAAGCCCCGCCCCCUCCA